AUGGAUGCAAUUGUGCUCCUAGUGCUCAGCCUCUGCUGUCUGCUUCUCCUCUCACUCUGGAGACAGAGCUCCGAGAGAGCGAAGCUCCCUCCUGGCCCGACUCCUCUCCCAGUUUUUGGUAAUUUCUUCCAAAUAGAUGUGAAGAACAUCAGCCAAUGCUUGACCAAUUUCUCAAAAGUCUAUGGCCCUGUUUUCACUGUGUACUUGGGCAUGCAGCCCACUGUGGUGUUGCAUGGGUAUGAAGCAGUGAAGGAGGCUCUGGUUGAUCAUGGGGAGGAGUUUGCUGGAAGAGGAAGCUUUCCAAUGGGUGAAAGAAUUAAUAAAGGCCUUGGCAUUGUUUUGAGCAAUGGAAACAGAUGGAAAGAGACAAGGCGCUUCACUCUCACAACUCUGCGGAACUUUGGAAUGGGGAAGAGGAGCAUUGAGGACCGUGUUCAAGAGGAAGCUGGCUGUCUUGUGGAGGAAUUGAGGAAAUCCAAUGGUUCACCCUGUGACCCCACCUUCAUCCUGGCCUGUGCUCCUUGCAAUGUCAUCUGUUCCAUUAUUUUCCAGAAUCGUUUUGAUUAUAAAGAUCAGGAAUUUCUCAACUUCAUGAAUGUCCUAAAUGAAAAUGUAGAGAUUCUAAGUUCCCCUUGGAUGCAGAUUUGCAACAAUUUUCCUGCUAUUAUUGAUUAUCUACCAGGAAGACACAGACAAUUAUUUAAAAAUUUCACUUUUACAAAACAUUAUUUUUCAUCAAAAAUAACAGAGCACCAAGAAUCACUGGAUAUUAACAAUCCUCGGGACUUUAUUGAUUGCUUUCUGAUCAAAAUGGAGCAGGAAAAGAACAACCCAAAGACAGAGUUUACCUGUGAAAACUUGUUCUUCUCAGCAGCUGACCUGUUUUCUGCUGGGACUGAGACAACAAGUACAACACUGAGGUACUCUCUGCUGCUCCUGCUCAAGCACCCAGAAGUCACAGGUAAGGACACAGGUGGGAAGCAAGAAAUUCAGAAAGGAACUGGAAGAAACACAUGGAGUCCUGUGUUUUGUUUUUCUCAGGGAAGCCUCAGAAAUUAA